UGCCGUGUCGAUCAGUUGCACGUACGAUUUUUAUUGCACUCGUUUUUUCAUUUCUUUUGAGUUUCGGGUUUCUGUUUUCGCUUUGUGCUUUCGUUGCGAUCACAGUUCGGUUCCGUUUGUUUACCCACGGCUGGUGCAGGAUUUCAGUCGUUCGUCUGAGCUCGUUGCGCAUACAUCGUUCGGGACGAAGGAAGUGAUUCAAGUGACCACCAAUCGAUGCAAGAUCAGUUGAUCUUGCCGAGUGUUUCUAACAGAAAAAUUAAAAGGACAAAUCGAUCCAUAUGGAAUAUCAAGCAAAGGAUUAAGUGACAGCUGUGUUUGAGUGGAGAGAAGACAAUCCAGUGUGUGAUUCGCAAGGUGCGAAAUUGUAAAAAAAAAAUUAAACUGAAAGUGAACUAUGCCCACAUCGAUCAUGCAGAAGAACUACAGUCAUUGUCCGCUCAAGAAGCGACCGGUCUUCAUCAGCGAGGAGGAGGAAGCCAAAAUUGACUCCGAAUCUGAUAUGGAACCGGAAAACCUCAGCACAAAGCCCGAGGAUCUCUCGAUGAAGAAAAAGGCUCGUUCUGAGUCACCGGUGCCCGUUGUGAUCAAAGCUGAAGACACUUUGCCAACGCCACCACCUUCGUCAUCUCCCGAUCCUACUGAAAUCAAAUCCCCCAUCUCCGUUCCUACUCCGAUCUACGGAUCACACCCAUCGAUCUACUACGCACCAUCACGAUCUCCAUCCUCACCCGCAGAACCUCUGCACAACUUUUACAAAUCCGCUCCCAAUGUGUACUCCGGAUAUCCUCAUUUCCCAUACCCGAUGCCAUAUCCCUCGGAUCUCUACAACCUGGCGUAUCACCAUCAUAUUUCGCCUCCACGAUCGGAGCCGCUAUCUCCGUACGGCCAGCGUGAAAGUUCCGUCACGCCACCACACCCCGUGCUCUACAGCCGCCAGGAAACGAUCUCACCGCCCACCAUGGUUCCGGCCUAUCCAGCCUCUGAACUGAGGAUAAACCAGAACAACAACAUCAUCAAGUCGGAGUCCUUUGCCCGGCAGCACCGCUACAUGCCAUACAGUCUCAGCCAUCACCAUCAGCUCAUGAUGCCUGUAGAACAUCCCACGCUUUCGCCAACCUCCAGCCACACCUCGUUCAAUUCGUACCUUUCUUCGAAUCGCUCGCUUUCACCGGCACGCUCCAGCCCAUUGACUGUUUCCGAGGAGAACAACAACAACACCAGCUCUUCGCCAUCGAUCCUCACCGAGAAGUCCUCUUCCAACUCCAACAUCCAGAAAGUGAAAAGUGAGAAAUCUAGUGACAAGCCAAGUGGUGGUUCCAGUGGUGCCCCUCGAUACCAAUGCCCUGACUGUGGCAAGUCCUACUCAACCUACUCCGGUCUAUCGAAGCACCAGCAGUUCCAUUGCCCAGCAGCCGAAGGUAACCAAGCUCAGAAGAUCUUCGUUUGCAAGGAGUGCGACAAGCCGUACAAAACUCUCGGAGCUCUGAAGAUGCACAUCCGCACCCACACGCUUCCGUGCAAGUGCAAUCUCUGUGAUAAGGCCUUCUCGCGGCCGUGGCUACUCCAGGGUCACAUCCGAACCCACACCGGUGAAAAACCUUUCAUCUGCAAGCUCUGCAACCGAGCCUUUGCCGAUCGGUCCAACCUGCGAGCCCACCAGCAAACCCACGAGGACGUCAAGCGCUUCAAGUGCCCAUCCUGUACCAAAUCCUUCUCGCGGUUGCCUCUCCUCACCAAACAUGCCGAAAGCGGGUGUCCGGGAAUCCAGCUUGGGUCCCAACCGAUGCCCGGUUCUCCCUCGGCACAGUCGGCCCAGGAUGAGAAGUACAUUCCAACGGUGCUGCCUCACAGUAACAUCGCUUGCUAUUAGAAGACAAGAAAAAGUGAUCCGAACCAACCAAGUUCAACGAAAGUGCCUUUUUGGUCGUCACAAAAGCAAACACACAAAAACAGUUCACCGCAAAAGACUGAAUCCUAUUGCCACCGCGAUCGAUUAGAUUUUUAUUGCCUACCAAGUGUGCUACAGAGAAAGAUAGUGAGAGCAAGAGACGAGAGUGUGAGUUCUUCUUCAAAGGGAAGAGUGACAGAGACAACGUUUGUAAAUAGGUUAUUUAUUCACCGUGAGAUAAGUGAAAUCUAUUUCCAAUCAAGUUUUUCGAAUUUUCACAAAAUUACCAAAAAGUAGCGUGUUUUUUUCCGGGUAGAAAUUCAAACGUCGCAAAAAUUGUUUUUAGUUGUCGUAAGUUAUUUAUUUUAUAUCAAUCCGAGCAAGCAAAUCUUGAGUUACUGCUGGUCGCUUUCCCUUGGGUCUUCUACUGGGACCGAUCACGGGGGGAAAGUCAAAUCACUUUCAUGAAAGUUUCUAAACUAGUCAGUUAGGAUAAUUCUUCGUAAAACUAUUUCAUUUUCGCCCCUCCUUAAUGCACCCUUAAUUAUAAACAAAAAAUCGUGUAGUAUCAUUUUGUAGGACCCUAAGUCAAACAAAUCAGAACUAUUUCAAAAAGGAUCUCAGUUGUAUGAAAUUCCUAUUGUGAGUGAAAGCGAGAGAGAGUGAAUUUUGAGCCAUUCACAUGUGAAAAAUGUGCCUUUUAAGAAAAAAAAAAAGACAAAUCAGAGCAACAACAAUUUUUUAACAAAAAAAAAAGAUAGAAACGUAUGCAUUUCAAAACGCCAUUGAUUACUCCCACGUGCACAUGUUUGUGUGCGCGCGCCGUGUAACCGAAAUCAUGACAAAUUAGAAUUAAGCAGAGGUCAAUUUUCCUACUAAGCGCUCUCUAUACUAUUUUUUUUUUAAUUUGGUAAACCACUGUACAGUUCUGCGUAUUUUCUACCACAUAUAGAGCAGAUACCUUCGCCCCUAAGGAGAAUCUUAAUAUAUUUUGUUUUUAUUGUUUAGUGUUUAAGAAUUUUUACAACAAUAAGAAAGCAGCAGAAACCGAUAAAACAAAAUCAAGACAAAAUAAAAAAGCACAAAUUUGUGUAUGAAAAAUUAAA